ACAUUAGGACCCUGUUUACACGGGCCAGCCAUUGUUAAUUUCAUCACCCUCCCCAUCCAUCUCUCUCUCUCUCUCUCUCUCUCUCUCUCUCUCUCCAACUUUUUAAGUGUCCAUGCGGCAGAUUAAAUCACCAUAGAUAGUUAUCAUCACAUCAACUUCUCCUCGGUUCAAUUGAUCCGGUCCAUCACACAGCACACAGUGGGUACCACUCCAACUUCAACUCCCUGAAAUGGACGGCAGAUUCAGCAGCAACCAAUUUAUAAACGAACAAGAAGACCCUGAGAAUUCGCCCGAGGAUAGCUGCGAUUCGCCUCGCUACGGCAAGACUUCUCCCUCCUCCCAUCAAAAAAGGCGCGCUGUACAGAAAAGAGUGGUCUCGGUGCCGAUGAGAGAUGUUGAAGGAUCACGGCUUAAGGGCGAGACGCCUCCGCCGUCCGAUUCGUGGGCAUGGAGGAAGUACGGUCAGAAACCCAUCAAAGGUUCUCCCUAUCCCAGAGGGUAUUAUAGGUGUAGUAGCUCCAAGGGCUGCCCAGCCAGAAAGCAAGUAGAGAGAAGCCGCCUGGACCCCACCAUGCUAGUGGUCACCUACUCAUCGGACCACAGCCACCCUCCGCCCGCAUCCAAAAAUAACCACCACAACCGCAACGGCCAACUAACCGUCGCUGCCACUGCCGUCGACGUUGAAACUACGGCCAUCUCUGCAACGACCGUGUCGAAUUCCGACGAAGAGAACAACCCAACGGUCUUCGAUCUGGGCGACGAGUCUCUAGUCAGCACUUUCGGGUUCAAGUGGUUUUCCGAAUCGGAAUCCAUGUCGUCAACCAUGCUCGACAGCAUGGUCGACGACAGGGACGGCAGCAACGACGACGUCGGGGCGGUGAUUCUGUCGAUGAGGGAGGAGGACGAGUCGCUCUUUGCCGACCUCGGAGAGCUGCCGGAGUGCUCCGCCGUGUUCCGGCGGGCGGCGCUGGCGAUGGAGGAGGAGGAGCGGCGACGGUGCAGUCUGGCACCCGUGUGCGGGACCACAGGGUGACAUAUUCCGGACACGUGUCGUCGCCCCCCUCCACACGAGGUUUCAAAAUUUGUCUUAUUCUCCUUGGGUCUGAGCUGGAUAUAUAUUUGAGUAAUAUUUCAACAAUGGAGUGCGUGUCUCUGGCGUGCGCCUCCAGAUAGAAAUUUCUUUUUCUAUCAUUAACCACUUUUUUUAAUUUGUUUUUUUCUUUUUUUUAAAUUUAAAUUGCCUAGAUUUCAACGAGGAACCAAUAAAAUUGGCCCAUUUCGGUAUCCUGUCUUGAUCUUGCCGUAAUCAGCGUCAUCAUCACCGUCCAUUUCCAAACUUCGGGAUGAUACUUAAUUUCCAUGUAAUUAAUUUCAAAUGGCAUGCCAUUGGAUGUACAAUGUUAGUUGCACCAAGUAGACUUUCAUUCA